GUUAUUAUUUAGUUGCUAUAACAACAUAGUGUCACUGCCGCCUUCCUGAGUUUGAAGUUGAUCUCCUUUUUUAAAGACUGGCCUUUCCUUAACAAACAACGGGAUGGAAACUUCCUCACGGGCUACAGCUAGCAGGGGAUUGUGGAACAGCCCCAGAGCCACACAGUUCAGCAAGGAGACCCAGGACACGCUGAGAUUGUUGAAGCAGGAAUCAAGGGUCACCAGCCUCAAGAGAAAACAGAUCAACAAACAGCCAAAGAAUGAAACAGCUUUGCCUUUCACCUUUGAUCCGGCACAGUCUUCUCCUGGUAAAUCUGUCCAGAAACACUGGCCAGUGCACACUCAGAAACGCACCGCCGAGGCAUGUCGGUCUGGGAACAGCUACGAGAGAGAAAAGUUUCGUCCUGGUCCAACACGAGACCUAGAGAAAGAGAAGACGAAGCUUCAGAACAUCUUUGCACAUGGGACCGAGCAGCCCGGAGCAGGAUCUUCUCAGAAACCUCCUCAACAUCAGAGCUCAGAAGUACCAAAGAAGAUGGAUCGCUAUCAGGAAGUUCUGAAUGAAAUACAGGAAAGACGACAGUUUCUGGAAGACAUGGCCUCCCUGGGUCAGGAGAAAGAUUAUAUCGACAUCAUCAACACUGAGAUAUCUCAGAAAUUACGAGAACUGGAGAUAAUGGAAAAAUCCCACGUUCCCACAUCUGACACAAACACAGAGAGGACAGAAAAUGCAGCCAACAAAGAAGACUGA